AAUUACUCGAUGAAAUAAUGAAGUGUGUGUCCUCUAACUCCUCUUACCAGCUUACCUCAACCACUAACAACAAAGACCAAGGAGAGGGGAAGAGAGAUAAUUGAAGAUAGUAGCUUGAAGCUGAAAAGUGAAAAUGGCAGCCUCAGCUCUCCCAAUCAUUGGAUGCAUCAUCCCCUCCACCCCGCGUCAACCCUUCCUAACGCAACGCUCCGCUUCUAUACAGCAAUGGCAUUUGAUGGGAAAGCAGCAUUCAAGACAGUUUGCACAUACGAGGGGUGCGUUUCGUAUGCUAGCCGAUUCUAAUGCUUCUUCAGGAAAGGGGAGUUUUAGGAAAGAAGUACUUAUGGUAGAUCCAUUGGAGGCCAAGAAAUUAGCUGCAAAACAAUAUGUAGAAAUAAGAUCAAAGGAGAAAUUUGAGAGAAGACGUCAAAUUGAAGCGAUCAAUGGAGCGUGGGCAAUGAUUGGCCUUACUGCUGGUUUAGUCAUCGAAGGCCAUACAGGAAAGACUAUUUUGGGUCAGGUUGAGUGCAAUACACUAAAUGCUAUUGUGUGGCAGCUUGAUGGAUAUUGGCAUGCUAUUCUGGGAUUCUUUGUGAGAUGGUAGAAUUUUUCCUACGCAUCAAAUUGUGGCCAUCUGAGUUUGUAGCUGUAGAUUGAUGGACUUUGUGCAUGUUCGAGAGAUUUACAUUCAUCCCAAAUUGAUGAAAUCAAUCCUUACAUUCUUAUUCUUGUAUUUAUACAUUUCGAUCAUAAUUCAUGCUGAUUCUUUCAGCAAAAGAGGAUUCAAUGAUAGAAACACAUUGAAACGCAACUACUGUAGCAGUUGUAUCACCAACUUUUCCAUUCUAUGAAAAAAAGAAGCAAGAGUAAAAGUCUAAAAGAG